GUGUACGAAUGUUUGAUGACAAUUGACAUUUUCAAUUCUAUAUUUUAAAGCUGAAAGGGCUAAGGAAUUAAGACAGGGCAUCGAGAGCACCAGCUCCGGCACUGAGCGUUGAAAUUUGGGAAAUGGGUUUUUCAUCGAUAUAAUUAUAUUCUUGGUUCAUUUUGUAUGUAUUAUAUACAAUUUUAAUAUAUUACUCAACGUAACAUUAUGUUGUGUGAGAUAAAAUCCAUGUAUAAAGUGAAUACCGCUAAAGUAUUUUGAGACACGUAUACAAACCGUGUAAACAUAUUUUUCAACUUUCAAAUAGAAAUAAACCAUGCUUCCUCUGUCACAUAAAGACAAUUUACAUAGAGGACUUGGUUCCCGAGUGAAGGAAAAAGUACAGGGCUGGAUAAGAUUAAUAUUUUCAGAUAGAAAUUCCAGAAAUUUAUUUUUGUUUUUAAUUCUUAAUUUAUCAUUUGCCUUUGUGGAAUUGUCUUAUGGAGUGUGGACAAAUAGUUUAGGUUUAAUUUCGGAUUCUUUUCACAUGUUUUUCGACUGCACAGGACUAUUAGCUGGCCUUGCUGCAUCUGUUAUCACAAAAUGGAAAGCUAAUGAUAAAUAUUCAUAUGGCUAUGUAAGAGCUGAAGUGCUUGCAGGAUUUGUAAAUGGAUUAUUUUUAUUGUUCAUUUCAUUUUUUAUCAUGUCAGAAGCCGUAGAGAGAGCAAUAGAACCUCCAGAGGUAAAGCAUGAGAGGUUGCUCAUCGUUUCAGUUUUAGGACUUAUAGUUAAUUUGGUUGGAAUUUAUGCCUUUCAACAUGGUCACUCGCAUGGCGGUUCUCAUGGUCAUUCCCAUGGUCACUCUCACAACUCCCAUGGUCAUUCUCACAACUCCCAUGGUCAUUCUCAUGACCAUUUGCUAGAAAUGGAGACAACUGAAAAUUCUCAAAUCAUGAAAGGAGUAUUCCUUCAUAUUUUAGCUGACACAUUGGGAAGUGUUGGGGUUAUUAUAUCAGCAAUACUAAUGUAUAUGUUCGGAUGGAUGAUUGCUGAUCCUAUAUGUUCAAUGUUCAUAGCCAUUCUUAUUGCUCUAAGUGUUUUAUCCUUGAUCAAGGACUCUGUUAUGAUUCUUAUGCAGAGACAACCAUCUCCACUGGAUAAUGUUUUACCACAAUGUUAUCAGAAAGUUGUGAGUUUACCUGGUGUUUAUUCAAUUCAAGAACCCCAUUUUUGGACACUUUGUAGUGAGGUUUAUGUUGGGGGCGUUAAAUUAGAAGUAUCAAAAAAUGUUGACCCUAAAUAUGUUACAUCUCACACACAGAUGAUUUUCGCUUCUGUUGGAGUAAGGCAUUUAUAUGUGCAGUUAGAUUAUACCCCAAUGUGAUUUGAAGUGAAGUUAGUGUUUCGAACAUUCAAAAAAUACAUUGACCUUCCAUACAAUUGUGAUUUAUCAAAUGCUUUUUAUGUUGAUGGAAAAUAUUAGAAAUUUAUUAUAUUUAUAUAUUUAUAAUUA